GAAGAGACAGAGCAACAGAGAGGGUUCAGCGCACUGAAUAAGCAGUCAUUACAGGAGUCACAUUGUUAUCCAUCACAUCUAUUUUUUCCAGGACAAGUAGAUGUGAGCAGUGUGCACAUAUUGACAGAUGAGAAUAUUUGGAACAAAAAACCUUGUGAGACAAGCUGAUUGAUUUUUCAGGGUGGAUAUCAGUUUGUUUGGCAAACGGUCCGCUGGAGGAACAAGUGUUGCCAUGGAAACUAUUUUGCUCUUCCUCUCUUCGCUUCUGGUGUGUGUGGCUGCUGUGGCAGACCCCAGUGCACAGGAUGGCAAAGAGACAGAUGAGAACCCAUUUGUUUAUGACUACGAGAGCCUGAGGAUUGGAGGAUUGGCAUUUGCCGUGGUGCUGUUCACACUGGGCAUUCUUCUCAUCCUUAGUCGAAGAUGCCGCUGCAGUAUCAACCAGAAGCCCAGGGCCCCCGGAGACGAGGAGGCACAAGAAGAGAACCUGAUUGUCUCCAUUGCUGCAAAGGCUGCCAAAGAGACUCCAGCAGAGAACUGAGGCAACUCUACUGUACCGAGCUGCCUUCUCAGAUGAUGAUCAGUUUUAUUUGAUAUUAAACCACUAUAACACUGAAGAAAUAGGUGAUUAUUAUAACUGAUUAUAUGACAGGGUAAGAGGGGAGAUCUAUGUGUAGAGGUGUAAUAUGUACAUAAAUCUUGUGCCCAUAAGACAAACCUUUAGCCUGUUGUGCUCCACUUGUGACCAUGCCAGUCCCUCAGUGCUCUUGUCUGUUCCCGUGCCUUUCUGUGACUCAUUCCAGUUCUUUGUCUUAGCCAGAAAACCCCCUGACACAAGAUUGUCUUUGAAGCUGUUGUGUGGUCCUCUGUUCUUUGUUUUGUACUUCUAUCUAUUGCCUUUAAGUUUCAGGAUUUGUCAGUUUGUUGCUUAGUUUGUCAAAUGUCCUGAAUAACGUUUGUCACUUUUGGAUUAUAGCAUAUAUGCAUAAGUACAUAUAUAAAUACAGAUAUAGUUUACUGAUGAGAUAUACAGUUAAAUAUCCUUCAUUUAGAUCUACGUUUGAAUGGUUGGGUGUGUUUGUGUGCAUAUCCUGUAUAUUCAUGAUGCAUAUAUCACAAGUGCAUGUGUAUCUCUACAUGUAAAUGUGAUGAGCCUUAUAUAAGACAAUCUCAACUGCCACAGCUCUCUGAUUGAGCACAGCAAUGGUUUGCAGGUAUCUGCACGAGCUCCGCCACUGCAGUCUUUUUACCAUCUAUAGUGGAGGGAGCUUCUGUAUCAGCUGUCCCACUGCCUUUUUCUCCACGCAUACUUUCCACUUCUCUGUCACUGGCUCCGCCAGGAUUAGGUUGUCUCCAGUAGACUAUGAUUAGUUUACCCAUACACACACUAGUGCUGCACAUCUACGACGCCUGGGUCUCUUUCUUUUCUCUUUCUUGUUUGUACUUUAACUGCUUGCUCAGUCUCUAAUGCCAUGAUGCUUUGACUGGUCAUAUAUUACAUUCCUGAAUAAAGAGAGACCAAGUUUGGGUGCUGAUUUUCAGAUUAGUGAUAUUUAAGAUUGACAUUAUUUAUGUGCAAGACUACAUUAAUAGUAGCCUACUGUAAGCCAAAUCAUAGCGAGAGAACAAAUGAACAGUCUUUGUUGUGAAUCUCCUGUCAGGUGUCUGAGUGUUCUGAAGACGGCCACUGUACAAGUAAAUGCUCUGUUCAUUUUAAGCAUGAGGCCCUGCUGUGUAGCCACCUGUUGUGCUUUUGGCAUAAAUUAAUAAAAGUAUGUCUGAACACA